AUGAUUCAAUUUAUUUUAUUGUUCAGUCGUCAAGGUAAAUUACGUUUGCAAAAAUGGUAUACAGCACAAACGGAUAAAUCGAAGAAAAAAAUUACACGUGAAUUAGUUGCAACAAUAUUAGCUCGUAAACCAAAAAUGUCAAGUUUUCUUGAAUGGAAAGAAUUAAAAGUUGUCUAUAAACGAUAUGCCAGUUUAUAUUUUUGUUGUGGUAUUGAACAAGAAGAUAAUGAAUUAUUAACACUUGAAACAAUUCAUCGUUAUGUCGAAUUAUUAGACAAAUAUUUUGGAAGUGUAUGUGAAUUGGAUAUUAUAUUUAAUUUUGAAAAAGCUUAUUUUAUGUUUGAUGAAUUUAUACUUGGUGGUGAAAUACAAGAAACGAGUAAAAAAGCAGUGCUUAAAGCAAUUAAUGAUCAAGAUGUUAUACAAGAAGAAGAAUUAGAAGAAAAACGAAGUGUAUUAGAAGAUCUUGGCUUGGCAUAA